AUGCGAAUCGAGCACUACACGGUGGCCAUUGAGGAGAUUGAAAACACAGUCAACCAGGUGCGCCGCGAGAACCACACGUUCAAGCCCACCACGGUUGGGUUUGUGUCGUAUGUCAGCCCGCUUGCUGCCCACGAUGCAAUGCGCGGGCUGAAGAAUGUGUCUCCGGCAGUUGUAAAUCUGGCGCCGCACCCAAAGGACGUCAUCUGGACCAACGCCCAGAUGCCAAAGUCUGUCCGCAUCGCGCGUGUGUGGAGCGCUCGUGCCAUCUCGGUGCUGUUUUGCUUUGUCGCCUUCUGGCCGGUAGCAGCACUGACGUUUAUCGGCGAUGUCACCAAUAUCCAGGCGCUGUGGCCUAGCACUGCCGAGUUCUUUCGCCGGAAUGAUUUCAUCUCAACCAUCUGGCAGACGACAUUCUCGCCGCUCAUCCUGACGCUGUACUAUAUUGCCGUGCCGCACGUGUUCCGUGCCAUCAGCCGCUACCAGGGCAUCCCAACCAAGACCGCGGUCGAGCGCGCAGUGGUCAAAAAGAUGUACGUGUUCUACAUCCUCUCCAACCUCAUCGUGCUCACGCUGGUCGGGUUUGUGUUCUGGACUGCCUACGUGUCGCAGAGGGGAAUGAACGCAAUGAUCGAGUUUGCGCAGCCCAUCUCGCUGAUCAUGAUUUUCAUCAAGCGCUACACCCGUGACCUGACGCCGCGCGAGCUGCGCGACCUGACGCAGCCACCCGAUCUCGACUACGCGCCUAUCUACUCACUGUAUCUGUGGAUCUACACCUAUCAGCAUGUUCUACUCGGUGUACGCCCCGAUCACGUUCCCGUUCGCAUUCCUGGUCUUUGUGCUGGCCUAUUGGGUGUACAAACAAAGUUUGAGACGGGAGGCGACAUGUGGCAGUCAGUCGUCAACCGCAUGGUUGUGUCGCUGGUUCAUCUUCCAGGUCUAUCUGAUAGGCUGUAUCAAGUACAUCGUAUAUGCACUUAUUCCGCUGCCCGUGCUGACAUGCAUCACUGGCUACAUGAUGAUGAAGAAAACCAACCCGCAGGUCCAGUACAUGCAGCACACCCCCGAGACCGAGAGGCUUCAACAUGCAGCGGACAGCUGACCACACCCGUUGUCGACCGCCGCGUGCGCCAUCUGCUGUCCAAGGUAUACCGCGGCCGCACAUCGCUCUUUGUCGACCCCAACGGCCCUCCACCCACGCAGGACAGCAUCGAGACCAAGUUCAGCGGCGGCACGCUCACCAGCAACCCGUCGUUCAUCUCGGGCGGCAAUACACUCGAGGCACAGAGCAUGAUGGACGCGCGCGACCGCCGCGACUUUGACGGCGCGUCGACGGCGAUGGGAAUGUAUUCGAGUGGACCGGGAUCCCGCGAGAUGGUGGAGCUGCUGAGCAUGGGCAACCAAGGGCACAAUGCUGCCUUGAGCCCGUCCGACAGCCGCGCCAACCUGCUUGGCAACGCACAGCCGAUUUCGCUGUCCCGGUCGCCAUCGCCACCGUCGGCCAAUGGAUCGAGUCUGUCGUUCGGUAACCUCGAUGACCUGGAUAAGCCGCACGAUAUGAAUCGCGACACCUUCGAUCCGAUUGAUCUCUACGGUGGCGGUGAUUCCAGCACCAACGAGAAGGGUCAUAUCGGUAUGCUCCAGCAGCAGCAGCCGCCUAUGCCUUACGCCAACAUGGCUCCUCCUCGCUACGGCCAGCCUGGCCCAAGACCGAACAUGAUGUGGCCUGGUCCUCCUGGCGGUCCCAACACGCGCCCAGGCCCGCCUGGUCCGAGACCAAACAUGAUGCAGCCUGGGCCUCACGGCCCUCCUGGUGCACGGCCCAUGGAUGCGCCCAAGACCACAGAUCCGUCCCAACUACGGCCCGCCCCAAAACAACCACAGCCCGCCGCCCAACAGCUUCAACCAGCGCCCGCCUCGCCCGCAAGUCCGGCCUGGGCCAAUGAUGCGGCCCCCGCCUCAGCAGCAGUUCCAGCAUACACAGCAGCAGUUCCAGCACACACAGCAGCCACAGCCAGGCCCUCCCCCGCCGUCGCAGAACCGCAACGUUCCUCGGUGGGACUAGAAAAAAUACCACUUUUGUAG